UGUGAGUGACUUGUUUGGAUCAGAUCUGCCAGUAGAGGGUGGUGAGGGUGGCCAGUUUUCAUGGCGAGAUGGUCCCCUACUUCAGGCUCUGAAAUCUGGCCAUUGGAUUGUCCUUGAUGAGCUGAACCUAGCCUCUCAGUCAGUACUAGAGGGCCUCAAUGCAUGCUUGGAUCACAGGGCUGAGUUGUACAUCCCAGAACUUGGGAGAAGCUUCAAAAUCCAGCAUGAGAAAACCAAGAUAUUUGCUUGCCAGAAUCCAUUGAACCAGGGUGGUGGCAGAAAGGGCCUACCAAAAUCUUUCCUAAACAGGUUUACAC